ACCCAUGUCGGCCUCCACUUAUGUUUUCUUCAUGAGCCUUGCCGUACAAAUGGAGCUUCAGAAUUCUGCCAGAGACCACCUCGUCCACUUUUUCUCGCCAGCAUUACUAACAUCCUUUGCAGCGGCCGCCUGUCGGUUUAUUAAUGAUGUUUCUUCCUCUUCAUCAUACUGCAGAGUCUGCCAAACAGUGUCUUUCUUACGUUUCGGUGCGCUCGGAGCGUAUUGCUCGUCACGACAUAUGUUCUGCUGUCACCUGCGUGGGAGCACAUCGAGUCUGCACACUCUGAUCCUGGCCUGCUGUUAUUUCUGGUGUUGUAAUGCUCGCCUUUGAUUGCGGUCUUAUCCUCCUUCUCCGCUGCAUCCUUUACACUAUCGGCCAAUUCACGGCAACUUCCGAACCAGGUGGCUGUUGCACUCUUCUCUCUGUCGCACUCUCGUAACGUAAACCUUGACUGGCUUUCGCGGGCUCGUUCGUGCCAAUAUAGCUUAGCUAUGGCACAGGGCACAUAUAUAGUAUUGCUUUCAUUUAUGCGCUCCCGUUAAAGUGACGCUUUUGCUCCCGCUUCACCGUCCUCGUGCUUUGCGGUCCGUUUCCGAAAAUCAAGCAUUAAUCCUACAAACCAUCAUAUUCCUUUCCUCGGUUCUCUCGUAUUUUUGGCAUGCAUCAUCCCUCAAUACGGUACGAAACAUGAGGAGUUUUUGCAGAAGCACACACCACCUACCCACUCCAUGCUAUUCGGUAGCGCACAUUCAUUCGUCACCUGUCUACCAUUUACUAAGGCGUUGUUAUGGCAAGUUGGGUCACGUCCCAGCUCUUUGAUCCCUUCUCGUAUGUCCACAAUACCAUACCCCUUCCCUUUUUAGCCGGUCUCUACUCUUAUCUUGACACGUUCAUCUACCGCUCACACUCAAUCUUGGCCAAGCAUUUUAUGUUGCCGUCGACCAUCCCAUAUGUCUCUGUCGCUUACUUGUAAAGGACAGAAUGUUCCUAAUCUAUGAUUAGAGAGGUGCAGUGACAGCAUCAUU